AUGGAGUUAGCUCCUGAGGAGGCCGGCCUGGCGCACUCCCGCCCUUCUCCGCACGUCGAUGAUAUCACGCCCGAUACCGCGGAAGAACAUAUCUCCAAUUCCAACCCCACGGCAAAGGAAGCGACAGAUGGUCAACCAGAUGACACGAGGUCUCUGUCGCAGACAUCAGGACACUCAAGACCUGUGUCCAGUAUAGUCCCUCCAUACUGGCAACGGCACGAGCGCAAUGCCUCCCGCGCUUCACAGAGCUCACUGGCUCAGUCGGCGAUGAUCACGUUGGAGGAUCAUACGGCUGAUCCGGAGUCUGAGACUAGUAGGGGUCUAUGGGCGCAGAGUGUCUUGAUUGAGGAUCAUGUUGUUGUAGAGGGGAAGACGGGGGUAGGGGCGUAUGUGGUGUGGAAUUGUAGGAUACAGACAUUGGAUGGAGGUCCAAUGGUUGUUCGUAUGAGGUAUUCUGAGUUUGAUGAUCUGCGACAACGACUUGUUUCUUCUUUCCCGCAUGCUAAGAAUGCUCUUCCUGCUCUUCCUCCGAAGAGUGUAUUCUACAAAUUUCGGCCUAAGUUUCUAGAACAACGGCGAGUUGGCCUUGAAUAUUUUCUCAAUUGUGUACUUUUGAAUCCCGAGUUCUCGAGCUCACCUGUCGUCAAAGAUUUUCUCUUUGGUCGACUUUCUUAG